GUCUCUUUAAAGGCAGCGGCAGGAGGCGGGCCCGCCCCUCGCACCUGGGGACUGGCCGGGCCGGGCUGGGCUGCAGGAAGCAGGAAGUUUGGGCUGAAACUUAGCGCACCAGGAAGUGUCCGGAGAGGCGGGAGCGGAGCCCCCGGAGCAUGGAGGGCACUGCUGGCAGCGGGAUGGCGACCGAGCGGGUGAAGAACCUGCAGAGCGAGGUGGAGGGGGUGAAAAACAUCAUGUCGCAGAACGUGGAGCGGAUCCUGGCGCGGGGCGAGAACCUGGACCACCUGCGGAACAAGACCGAGGACCUGGAGGCGACGUCUGAGCACUUCAAGACGACCUCGCAGAAGGUGGCCCGCAAGUACUGGUGGAAGAACGUCAAGAUGAUCGCCAUCAUCUGCGUCAUUGUGGCCAUCAUCAUCAUCCUCAUCAUCCUCUUCGCCACCAACGUCAUCCCCACAUAGGCCCCGCCCUGCAGCCUCUUCCUCUUUCCCCCACUCCACAGCUUCCCUGCCCCCACUGCCUGAGGGUCGCUGGGCUGGGGGGGCAACGCCUCCUGUCAGCCCCCUGAGGCUGCCCAUCCCUAUGCCAGGAGGGGGAGGGCACUCGUACCCUGACCCCCAUGAAAGCUCCUUGGGGACUGUAGCCCCCUGAGGGGAACUCCCCUGCUCCCUCUGGCUCUGCCCAGUUCCCUUCCCCCAAACCCUCUGUCACACCCUUUCCCGGGCACCCCCAACGGUGUUCCCAGGCUGGCAGAGCCAAGCCACACGGGAGCAGCUCCCAGCCCCUCUCCAUAUGGCCGAUGGAGCUAGAUCUGCCGCCCAUGGCCGCGGCCCCCGAGCUCGGCUCCAGGGGGCGGGUUGUGCCCUCUGCCCAGUGCGGCUGGCUCUCGUCCAGCUGAGGGAGGAGGCGCUCCUGGGGCUGGGGUGAUGGGCUUGGAUCUGGGGAAUGCUCCCCCACAGCCCGUGCCCUUUCUGAGGCAGAGCUGGGCGUGGGCAAGGGCUGCUCUGUCCUGAGCCAGAUGCAGCCCUGCGAGGAGCAAUCUACCUUUUGCCUUAAUAAAUAACGGGAGAAGGGGAGAUCCCUGCAGGAGGGGGUGGGGGAUUUGUCAGCAACCUCUGUCUGCCUAGGCCGGGGCCUCGUGGGCUUCAUUCCCUAGGUUCUUAUAGCUAUCUCCGCCAUGGCACCCCAACAGUCUGUGCACCCCCUGUCCUGCCUGGAGGGGCAGGUCCUCUUGGUGCCCUGUGGAUGGGGGGUGGGUGGGGAAGGGUGAGCAGGGCUUGUUGCAGCCUCAAUCCCCCCCUGCCCCCUCCCCACAUGCCCUGAGUUUGGCUGUGUAUGUGGAUCUUACGACCAGGCUCCCCCAUCUGACCUGUGGGGGUCCCUGAGCCAAGCAGUGGAAGUAGUUUCAGAGCCCCCCCACCCUGACCUUGGAGUGGGAGGCCAAGUCUUCCUGAUUCCCCCCCUCACCACCCUCGCCCCCCAGAGACGCAGGCUGCGCUCCCUGUAAUAAAUGUAUUUAUACCUCACUGGAGAAGAGAGAUUUAUUGGAAGGAACCAGCCUCUGCUCUGUUCUGUCUGCUGAGUCCUGGUGGAAUCUCUCCCCACAGCGCCCCCUGCUGGCAGAGUCUGGGACUGCACAGGCUGGCAGUGUGCCUGGCCUGGGGAGCAGGAGGUGAGAGGGGUGUUUGUGAUGGUCCUUGGUUCCAUGCUGUGACCAACUUGUAACCCUCAGCCCCUCACCCUCUGGGGCUGAGAGCGCAUGAUUCGCCAGGCAGCCAGCCCUGCCCCCAGCUCUUUCCAGGGUCCCUCCCAGGUGAGGAUCUGCCAUGCUGCACCCCCUGAAACUGGGGCAUUGAAGUGGCUUGCCAAGGCCAUGCCAGAGCCAGGAAGACAACCCAGGAUUCCUGCCCAUGUCUCCUGGCACAAACGUGGCAGCAGCUUGGUUGUGAGAGCUGGGAGAGGGCUAGGGGCUAGUGGCUGGGGCUAGCAUGUGGGGCAGGGCCUAGCGUUCCCUGCUGGGAUUGCUUCACCCAAUGCAGAAUCUCAAUGGUGACAGUGCAGGCGGAGAGCUCGAGAGAGACCCCCACCAUCUGUCAGUGCCUUGGUGAGGAGCCCCCUUAGCGUUCACCACAGCCCCGCCCUGUGGGAUGUGACACCUG